AGAAAGCCAAGGGACAGGGAGUCAAUUCUUCUGUGCUGUGUGUGUGUGUGUCACCCUUCAUCCUCCUCGAAAAUUGUCUAGCAAUUCUCCUGAUUCCCAAUUGUCUCAUCCUCCAUCCCCAACUUACAAAGCCCACACACACACACACAUAAACAUAUACUGUUUACAAUCACAAUAAAAAUACGUACAAUUUUAUGUGCAAUAGAUAGAUAGGCUUUUCACUUAUUCGAAAUGGGGCCAAACGCUACGGCGGCGAAACAAGCGGAGCAGCUUAGAAUAGACGGCAACAGUUACUUCAAGAAAGACCGUUUCGGUGCCGCGAUCGAUGCUUACACCGAGGCUAUCACGCUCUGUCCCAAUGUUCCGGUUUAUUGGACCAAUCGUGCUCUUUGCCAUCUCAAACGCAAUAACUGGGAGAGGGUAGAGGAAGACUGUCGGAGAGCGAUUCAACUGGACAGCAAUUCGGUUAAGGCCCACUAUUUAUUUGGACUGGUAUUGCUACAAAAACAAGAAUAUGCCAAAGGAAUCAGAGAGUUGGAGAAGGCUUUGGAUCUUGGGAGGGGUGCUAAUCCCAAGGGCUAUAUGGUAGAAGAGAUAUGGCAAGAGCUUGCGAAAGCAAAAUACCAAGAGUGGGAGCGUUCAUCGACCAAGCGAUCGUGGGAAUUGCAGAGUUUGAAACAAGCAUGUGAGUCUGCACUAAAGGAAAAACAUUUUCUUGAUGGCUCUGAUAUGGAAGGAUUUGUAGAUGAUGCUACUACUACUCAUUUGAAGCAAUUAGAGGCUUUAGAAGGAGUCUUCAAUAAAGCUGCUGAGGCUGACAUACCUGCUGAGGUCCCAGAUUACUUAUGCUGUAAAAUCACCCUUGACAUUUUUCAUGAUCCUGUAAUCACUCCAAGUGGACUUACAUAUGAGAGGGCAGUGAUUCUUGACCAUCUUCAGAAGGUUGGUAGAUUUGACCCGGUCACGAGGGAACCACUUGAUCCAUCACAGCUAGUACCGAACUUGGCCAUUAAAGAAGCGGUCCAGGCAUUCUUGGACACUCAUGGGUGGGCUUACCAGAUGGAUUAAGAGAAGAUUAAGAUAGAAAUUAACAUUUUGCGUUAGGUAUUUUCUGUUCACAAAUGCAGCACGGUGCUGUACUUUUUUGCUAAUUAUGGUUGUAGUUCCCUUCAAUGUCCUGCCUUCGAACAUCUGAGUCAAUCCUAUUGGGAAGUGUACAGAUUGGUUGACUUUCAUAUUGUAAAUAGUUCUCAUCUUGAUUGUGUAUACAUAUAAAUGCCUGCUGAGACUUCCUAUUUCAUUUGCCUAGAAAACUCAAACUAUUUGGUUUGGAACA